AUGUAUCCUGGCCAAAAGUCCAAAAGUAUCUACAGCACUGUGCCAGAUAUUUCUGGUUACUCGGAGUCCCCAGAGCCUCGAGAUAUGAGAGGCCUGACCGAUAUCCCCACCAGCGCUUCAUCCAACUCCCAAAUGUCCGCUCUUCAGCAGAUGGACUUUAUGGACGUGCAACCAGAUCCUCGGUCCUUCCUAUCCCCAGUGCAUUAUUGCACCAGAAGAAGAAGAUCAACAGACACCGAUAUAAUGGGCUCUCAAUACGCAUGGUCUACCGCGUCCAACGCAGAGAUUCACUCAAAUUCUCCUCAUAUGCCCUCAUUUGACGCCUCCAUCGGACCCACCACAACGCCCUUCAUACAAGCUUGUUACUCCCCGGAAUCUGCACAGCUAGCUAUGAGCGACCCAGGCAUGUCGGGCUAUACGUCCCAGCAAAUUGACAAAUGGUGCAUCGAGAGCGAACCAGCUGGAGACAUCUACCAGUCACAACCUUUCCCAAACAUGGGCUCUAUGCGCUUUCCGCCAUCAGUGGAAGUACAACCAGAGCGCUACCCAGCAUUCAAUAGCCAACUGAACACUGCGAACGAGCAGUGGCUUUCUUACCCACCCCAUUCCUCUGAUCAGAUCCCAGAAACCUUCUUCUCAAUGCCCCGAUCCGUCUCAGCUCCUCGAUCAGUCCCAGCUCCACCAAUUCAUCUCUACCAAUCCACCGCUACGCCCACCUCAGUUUCUUCAUCGCCAGCACAUUCCAUAUACGACCCAGAUUCUCCACCAACGGCACCAGGCUCGGCCUCCGGCUCAGGCUCCAACUCCAACGCAGGUGAUCUAAGCAACUAUGGCAUCCCAACGGGUGACGGCAACUGGCGCUGCGCCCAUCCAGGCUGUUCCUCAAAAUCCCUCUUCCAUCGAGGCUGUGAUCUGAGGAAACACUUCAACCGCCACCGCAAGUACCUAUUCUGUCGCUAUGAGGGUUGUCCUCAGUCUGCGAAGAAUGGAUUCAGCAGUAAGAAAGAUCGUGCUCGUCAUGAGGCGAAGCAUAACCCUGGAGUCCUUUGUGAGUGGAAAGGCUGUGGGAAGGUCUUCAGUCGUGUCGACAAUAUGAAAGACCACGUGAGAAGAAUUCAUCGGAAAGGGGAGGCUGGAAAGGCUUGA